CCGGCGGCGGGCGGGGAGCGCGGGCGCCGCUGCCAUGUCCGCUGCGGGCCCCGGGCCCGGCUCCGGAGCCGCCUCUCGGGCUUGAAGACUGCUGAGGAACACACAGUUUGAAUCAUUUGAGCAUUAAAAUAAUAGUAAUACCCAUGGAAGAGCCACAAGACUUACCCGAGCAACCAGUGAAAAAAGCCAAGAUGCAGGAAUCCAGAGACCAGAGCCUGAGUCAUGUGAGCAGCACAGAAGUCAGUGAGCAGAAAACUGAAUCUUCAAACCUUGGUUCAAACCUUCCCAUGUCCAGUGAGAUUAUGACAUGCACUGAUUAUAUCCCAAGGUCAUCAAGUGAUUAUACCUCACAAAUGUAUUCUGCAAAGCCAUAUGCACAUAUCCUCUCUGUACCAGUGUCAGAAACAAUGAGCCCUUACCCUGCUCAGCCUCAGUACCAAGCACUACAGCAGUCCCAGCCCUACACCAUCUACCCCCAGACCACCCAGACCUAUGGACUACCUCCUUUCGGUGCACUGUGGCCAGGUAUGAAACCUGAAAGUGGUUUAAUUCAGACUCCAUCUACAAGUCAGCACAGUGUUCUUACCUGCACUACAGGGUUAACCACAAGCCAGCCCAGCCCAGCACAUUAUUCUUAUUCCAUUGAAGCAUCAACUACCAAUGCCAGUCCAGUCUCUACAUCCUCAACUGUUGUCAAUAUUUCCACAUCAGCAGUAGCCAGCAUCUCACAGGAAUAUCCUACCUACACCAUCCUUGGCCAGAGCCAGUAUCAGACCUGCUACCCAAGCUCAGGCUUUGGAGUGGUGCCACCAGCAGACAGCAGCACAGAGAGCCUGGCCCUGGCCACCACCACGUUCCCAGAGGAGAAACCAAAUGCCCUGGUGCCAGCUGGGGCAGUGCAGAGACCUUCCUCUGGAGAUGCAUCCACAAGUCCUCUGCUACCAAGAGCAACAGCAAGUAAAGAGUUAGAUGAGCAAGCAAGAAAAAACAUCCCUGGAAAGAACAGAGGGAAGAGGAAAGCAGAUACCUCCUCCUCCCAGGACAGUGAACUGGAGAGGGUGUUUCUCUGGGACCUGGAUGAGACCAUCAUCAUCUUCCAUUCUCUUCUCACAGGGUCUUAUGCUCAAAAAUAUGGCAAGGAUCCAACUCUAGUGAUUGGCUCAGGUCUGUCCAUGGAGGAGAUGAUUUUUGAAGUUGCUGAUACUCACUUGUUUUUCAAUGACUUGGAGGAGUGUGACCAGGUGCACAUAGAGGAUGUGGCAUCUGAUGACAAUGGCCAGGAUCUAAGCAACUACAACUUCUCCACGGAUGGGUUCAGUGGCUCGGGCAGCAAUGCCAACCACAGCUCCUCAGUGGGAGUGCAGGGCGUGGACUGGAUGAGGAAAUUGGCCUUUCGCUACCGCCGGGUCCGCGAGAUCUACAACAAGUACAAAACCAACGUGGGAGGCCUGCUCAGCCCACAGAAGAGGGAAGCUCUGCAGAGACUGAGGACUGACAUAGAAGUGCUGACAGAUUCCUGGCUGGAAACUGCAUUAAAGUCCCUGCUGCUCAUCCAGUCCAGAAAAAACUGUGAGAACAUCCUGAUCACAACCACCCAGCUGAUGCCAGCUCUUGCCAAAGUUCUUCUGUACGGAUUGGGCGAGGUGUUUCCCAUUGAAAAUAUUUAUAGUGCUACAAAAAUAGGUAAGGAGAGCUGCUUUGAGAGGAUUGUGUCACGCUUUGGGAAGAAGGUGACGUACGUGGUGAUCGGAGACGGCCGUGACGAGGAGGUGGCAGCCAAGCAGCACAACAUGCCCUUCUGGAGGAUCACAAACCACGCUGACCUCGUGUCCCUUCACCAAGCCCUUGAGUUGGACUUCCUGUAAGAAGCUGGAGCAAAGACACGACUGCAGCUCCUGCCAGCCCUCUCCAUUCCUGGGGGACAGAAAUCUCACGUGUUUGGGGACUCACCUUUCAGCUUGAUGAAGAAAACAUACCUAAUGCAAACUGUACAGUGGGAAAUGACAGCAGGUUGUUCUUGGGAGCACAGGCCCUGCCAAGUCCAAGGUGUGCUGUGAAGAAGCGCUAGACUCAGCAGAGCUAGAGCUUGUGUGCAGAAGGGACUUACAGAGCCAGCUGAAUGCCUCUGGCUUCCAGAGAGGGGCCAUAAAACAGCAGAUUUAUGUGUAAGAGCCUUCUUCUUUCUAUUCAGCUUAGUUGUAGAACCCAAGUAAACACAAAAAUUUAUUUUUAUAGGAAAACGCUGAUGGCAGAGCUUGAACCUCCCUUGUUUUGCAAAGCCGAAGAGCUGUGGGUUUUUUUCAUAGGAAAUAUUAAUGAAAAUGUCAAAAAUACCUCUAUUGCUGUAAAAUGUGUCCUCUCUCCUUCCCUGGGUGUUCAAAACAGUUAAUUUAUUACAAUGUCCUUAUGUUAUUUCCUCAGUGUGGGAUUACUGGAAAAUAUAAACGUAAGGGAAUGCUUCUGGAAUAUGUGGUUCCUUGUAGAGGCAAGUGUUGGUGUUCUGAAUUGAUCCCAGUGGCUUCUAGUGCAGAAGCCCUUUUAGCCAGCAGGAGAUCACUGGAUUUCAGCCUUUGGACUGUAGAUCCCACAGAUGUUCCCUGCAAAUAAAAAUGAAAUUGCCUGUGAACAUCAGGUACAGCAGACUGGUGCAGACUGCUCAGAUGUGAACUGAGUCCUCAGCUGGACUAGGAAUAAUCUAAUUCCUAAAUCCUCAUGAAUGUUGCAGAGAAGGCUCUGGCUAUGGUAUACCCUUCACCUCUGUGUUCCUGACCCUAUUUGUAAGUUCCUUUGAGUAGAAUCAGAUUCAAUUUUCUUACAUUCUUUGCAUUAGCCUAACUACAUAGUGACAAACAAAAUGCCUUGUUAAGAGGGACUUAAUUUUCUAAGACACUGUGACUUGGCAGCAUGGAGCACUUGGGAGGGAUGGUGAUGCUGAUUUUUCUGCAGCUGUCCAAGAGCAGAGGCUGGAGUCAGUGACCUGUUCCCUGGGCAGGAACAGCCAGCAAGGGCUGGGCUGGUUUUGUGCCAGCUCAGGCUGUGUUUGGGGGUCUCCCCCAUGUACCCUGAUGGCACCAGAUCAGCCCUGAGGACAGGAGUGUGCUGUGCCCCAGAACCUGCUGCUGCUGCUCCUGCAGAGCCAGACCUGACCCCUCCAGAUCGUGGU